ACGCACGUAUUCCGCGCGUGACGUCACUGCCGGGCGCCGCGCGACACGUUGUCUCGGUUUUCGGCGGGCUUACCGGGGACAAAAAUGUCUAUGGCUAGCGAUUUCUACCUGCGCUACUACGUAGGGCACAAGGGCAAGUUUGGGCACGAGUUUCUGGAGUUCGAAUUUCGGCCGGACGGAAAGCUUAGAUAUGCCAACAACAGCAAUUACAAAAAUGAUGUCAUGAUCAGAAAAGAGGCUUAUGUGCACAAGAGUGUAAUGGAAGAACUGAAGAGAAUUAUUGAUGACAGUGAAAUUACAAAAGAAGAUGAUGCUUUGUGGCCUCCCCCUGACAGGGUUGGCCGACAGGAGCUUGAAAUUGUCAUUGGAGAUGAGCACAUAUCUUUUACCACAUCAAAAAUAGGUUCUCUUAUUGAUGUAAAUCAGUCAAAGGAUCCUGAAGGCCUUCGAGUAUUCUACUAUUUGGUACAAGACUUGAAAUGUUUAGUUUUCAGUCUCAUUGGAUUACACUUCAAGAUUAAACCAAUUUAAAUUCCAUGUUUUUCAAGCUGUUUGUAUAUUUAAUUAAGGGAUGGAGGGUUUAUUUGUCAUUUACAAUAUUGGGGUUUUUAUGAAUGCGAAGCAAAAAAAAAAAUUGUAUGUAAACUGAAAAUAAGAAAAUACAUUAACAGGCUUAAUGGUUAUCCUAACUUGAGUCCACUUGGUUUGAACAGUCCCCACACACAUUAAAUUCUGUAAAUAAAAGUCACCUUUUGUUAAAAAUUUGCUCUAAUAAAACAUGCCAAAUCCUG